AUGCAAAAGUCCAAUACACUUACCCAUGACGACCCAGCUGGAGAUUUAGGUACUAGAUUCUCACAACACGGCUACGGUUUUUCUAGUGCUGGCGAAAAUGUUGCUCAAGGGUAUAAUGACGAAGAAUCCGUCAUGCAAGGGUGGAUGAAUUCACCAGGUCACAGAGAAAAUAUUCUUAACCCUUCCUUCAAAGAUGCUGGUUUUGCUCAAGCCGGUAGUUUUUGGACCCAAGAUUUUGAUUCACAUAGUUCUAAAGCUUCCGCUACUAACCCUAAACAUGGCGGUUCUCCUCCUCCUUCUUCUCAAACACACGGCGGUUCCCCUCCUUCUCAAAAAAACAGCGAUUCCUCAUCAUCUUACAAGAAAAUCGUUCAUGUUGUUUCCCAACCUAAACCCCAACCUAAACCUAAUUCCCCUA